AACAAAUUGAGGCGACGGACAGCCUAGGGAGUAGUCCAGCCCAGAGUCACCAUCAGAAAGCUUGCAAGGCCGGUAUUCUAUUUUUCGUUCUGUUUCCGUCAUUAUAUUCUGACAACUGCUCGCCCAUCAACUUCCCAUGCUCUGCGACCCGCCAGAAAACCACCCCUCGCUGUAGGCGGUUGAUGCAUUCUCCUAUCAAAUACACGACGCGCCAUGGACAACCACCGCAUAACGCCAGGGGCCAAGCAGGUCGCAAUCGACCAAUGGACUCGGUUUAUAUACAGAUGUCUAGCGCGCCGUCUUGAUCACGCCAAGUUCGCGUCUUUUGUUCCCUACCUUCGGUCGAAGUACUCUCUCCCUCCAUCUGCGAUCGCAGACUUGUUCCUCCGACCGCAACGCAACGAUCAUGAUUACCUCGAUCCUCGCAUUCCCCGAUAUCUCCAAGUUCUUACAGAACUGCGAUACAUCGACACUCCCUCAAUUCUAAAAGCCUUGUACAGGUAUUCGACGUCCCACAAGCAAGCACGGAGCACCAAGGAACGGCAACAUGGCAAUAAAGACACGGCGUCCGACACGGAUACUUUGCGAUGGGGAAGCUCCUACGGGGCGGAGGAGGUCAUGUUCUACCGCCUUACGAAGGCUGUGGCACAAGGGUCUGCCGUUUCAGAUCCCGCCGAGGCCUUGGAGAUUGCCAGGAUCAUGUCCAAGUGGAUGACCCUCUUCACGGAUGCAUCUACGGCCUUCGCCGUGGACGCCAUGGGUCAGUAUCAACCCCACCAGGCGCGGGACGAGAUGGAGUCUGCCCGCGCUGCUUUCGUGGCAUUGCUGCUCGGGGUUUGCGAAAAUCAAGUUGUACUAAAAGCGUUGGGGAGGCCGCAAGCCGAAGACGUUCGAAAAGAAAUGUCACGCAGUCUUGCCAACUUCGUCCCCACCAUUAUGCAUAACGCUGGUCGAAUUGCCACGCGACUUGAUCUCUUCCGAACCAACACACUCGCCAGUUUUGAACCGGCAGAUGAGAAGAAAGACGCAGCGAAUACCGAGUUGGAUCACCUGCUAGACACUACCGUUGACCUAGAGAACUUUGUGAUACCCGACAUACCUAUUGCAAACACAAGGGCAGCGCUGUACAUCUAUCUGAGCGCUGCGCUCGUUGGCCGGCCCCUCCUCGACGACGUAGCAAUCUUCAGCUAUCUGCAUAAUCGAUAUCAGGGAGACGUGCAAUCCAGCACCAUCGAUCUGAUUCUUGCAUCGUUUGAUGUCCUGGCCAACGCCGUGUAUCGGAACGAGGGCAGCAAAACUGCCCAUUUGCUGCGAUCGUAUCUCAUGAACAAGCUCCCUCUUCUCAUCUCCCAACUCAGUGAACACAUGUUUCCGCCCCUGACCGCCGAAUUCUGCAUUACGGAAGCUCUCCGCCAUGUAGAUACCAAUGCCUUCCCGACCCUUUCGUCCAUGUUUGAUGAGAGUAGAAACAACAACCCUUUUACCGACUCUGUUCGUGAGGACUUUUGCUGGGCUUGCUGCCUGCACGGGCUCCUUCGAGAGAGCAGCAUCGAGGCCAUAUUGGGCGAGACGCCCUACCAGUCUCUCCCAUCCAGGGGACGGUAUGUGAAAGACGCCCUCGUGGCGGAGUGUCUCUCCGAGCCGGAACGAAUCCAAUCUCUCGUCGGAGAACUGGACGGCAUGGAUGGUGAUGUGGGCGCCAUCUGCCAAGCUCUGAUAGAGGUUCUGGGCCAACUUUGUCGGAAUAAAGACACAAUGGCUCUUAAAAUCCUGUGUAGCCAGUUGGCCAGGAAGCCUCUGGCUCUGGAUGUGAUUUUGCUCUUCGAAAAACCAGCAGCUAUUCUGCACCCGCUAUGCGAACUCUUGGACAACUGGAAGUACGAGGAAGACCAAGGCGAAUACCAACCCGUGUACGAGGAAUUUGGCUCAGUCUUACUGCUUCUUCUCGCCAUCGCCUACCGCUACAAUCUUUCAGCGUCCGAUGUAGGAGCAAAGUCGGCCGAGUCAUUUGUGGCCAAGUUGCUGUAUCAGGGCUCGCUCAGCCGACCGUCAGACAGCUUGACCGACGAAGCGAAGGGACAUCUUGACGCUUGGAUUCGCGGACUGUUUGACCAAGAUGCUGGAGGUCUAAGUGAUGAUCUGAUUUCAUGCUGUACGCCUCAGGAGUUCUACUUGUUAGUCCCCACAUUGUUUCAACACAUAGUCAUGGCCUUCCGGACCGGCCAUCUGUCUGAGGAUGGCCUCAAGGGUGGGGUCGAAUAUCUCGUCGAUACCUUUCUCUUACCGUCCCUCGUGAUGGCGAUAACUUAUCUCACCAACUCGCUAUGGGUAGACGUCCAGAACCAGAAGGCGAUUAUCCGAAUUCUCCACUUUGUGCUUCAACCCAGCACCAUAUCUAACGAUGCAUCAACGAUGCACCAAUCGGUUUUGAACAUCAUAGCAAAACCUCUCGAACAUUCUCUUCGAGCCUACCAGCGUCAAGACCCCAAAUGCCAGGAUAUUGAACCUCUGCUUCGAGCAUUGAAGGACAGCAUACCUCUGUCACGGCAAACCGGCGGGGCGGAUCAGAACGAGCUCGAAGCCUGGACCACCACCCCGAACGGAGGCCUGACGACUGCCGUCCGGAAUACAAUACAGGGGUUCGUGCAGUGGAGCCUGCAUCCUGGCAUCAACGUCAUGCCCACCUCGUACACGCACCGACAGACUCUUGCGGCUCACAAGAUCCUUGGAGCCAAGAGAAUCUUAUAUCUACUAUUCGACGAAAUCAAACAACACUCGGAAACCGGCAACGCCAGCAUCAUCUACGACAUCGCGACGGCGUUGAUAUGCGCCCCGGACGUCAACAACGACCACGAGGUAUCGGUGACGGGUUUCUUGGAAGACUCGGGAGGCAUGGGGGCUCUGGUACAAAGGAGAUUGACGCUGCGCGACGUUCUCAGACACGAGGCUGAGGGCUGCCGCAAGCGUCAGAAGACAGACAUGCCCUUGGCCGAGCUGGUGACGAGGCUAUACCGAAAAGUCGAGGCCCAGAUGACCGUCUCCCGCGUGGAAGCCAUCGAAGCUGAGACCAUGCUGCAAAACAGUCUCGAUCUUGGGCUGGACAGCGGGUCGCAGUCGAUGGAUAGCGCCAUGGCCGCUGCGGCCGCCACGGCAACGGCCGCGCAGGGGGGCGGCAUGGCCGUUGACGGCGUCGGGCUUGAUCUCGGAAUGGGCGGGAUGGGUGGCAUGGGCGGCAUGGGCGGCGACGGGGGACUCGGAGAUCUGGGCAACACGGGGGGGUCAUUGGGAUUGGGUAGCGACGAUAUAUUUAGUAGGCUCUCCGGCGGGGGCGAUUUUGAUUGGGAUUCUAUGGAUCUCGGAUGAUAGAGAACCCAACUUUAGACACUCGAGACAAAUUCUCAACAAUAAUAAUCAGUACUUCUUCCAAAUGGGG